GUCUUUUUUAUUCCUUUUGGUCGGAGAAAAAAAAAAAGAGAACCUGCGUGUAGCUUCGUCCUUUUUGCGUGUGGGGGAAAUCGCCUGGGUGGAUUCUCUUCUCUCCCAGACGAUUUUGCGUUGCCAGCGUAUCUCAAUCUAACACCGCCGAGUUGACUCGCUCCACCGAGCCAUGAAUCGGCUGAGAGGGCGAGGGGCAUGGAUUCUAGGUUCGGCAGCUAUGCCUCAUCUGAAGAAGAGAGCCCAGAACUCAUUGGUCGCUAUCCAAGACUCCUAUCUCUCCACCAAGGAUUUGCUCGAGAGGCAGAGGGUCGUGUUUACAGUUGCAACUUCUGUUGCAUCUGUUGCUACCGCUUGGAUUGGUUAUUCAUUACGACACUACAAUGAAACUAGGAUCGAUCAGAGGCUGGAAUCGAUUGAGAAUGCGAUGAAACACACCCAUGAAUUGGAACGAGGAGAACUCAAGGAGCUUGUUGAUCCAGUGGGUUCCAGAUUCACUUCAACAAUUGCCACCGCUGGAACCACUUUGAUCAUCGGGUAUGGGUUGGGGUGGCGCGGAGGGAUAUGGUAUGCAAACAGGAAGUUUAAAAGAGAACAAAUGAGAUUGGCUGGUCAGUUAAAACCGAGAGAAUGGAAGUUGUUAUUAGGGAGGAUAAAACCCCGAGCUUGGCCUACCUCAAGGCUCCUCAGACGACCGUUCCCAAGGCAGACCACAGAAAAUGCUUUGAAGACACCACCUGAGAAUCCUGCUUGAAUAUUCAGAAAACUUGUGGGAGGAGGAGAAACAAUUCAAAAGCAAUAGCUAAUCGAAACAAAAGAACGAUUAUUUUUCUUUUUACACUCUCUCUGUAGAUUCUUGACAUUAAUCUAAAGUCUACACAUCGGUUUUGUCAUGAAGCCAAAAGGCUGUUCCUCUUUGUUCCUUGUAAUUGAUCAAGUUCAGAUACUGUGUGCAUUUUUUUAUCUU